UGGUUUCCUCGAAGUCCUGCAGACCUUCCGCUCCUGUAAGGGGAUGCUCGGAGAGAUCCUGUCGGCCUUCGAGUUUGUGGACGCCGAAUGCAUGCGGCUGGUCGGGCAGCACCUGGGACUGGCCUGCCCCGUCCAAGAGAGCCCCUUCUAUGUGCUGGUGGAGACCUCGGGCUCCAGUGCAGACCACGACGGGGCCAAGCUGGCUGCCUUCCUCGAGCACGCGCUGGGCUCCGGCUCGGUCACAGACGGGACUGUGGCCACCGACGAGAGGAAGACCAAGGUGUUGUGGGCCCUGCGGGAGCGGGUCACCGAGGCGCUGAGCCGAGACGGCUACGUGUACAAGUACGACCUCUCCCUGCCCGUGGAUCGCCUCUACGACCUCGUGGUGGAGCUGCGUGCGCGCCUCGGGUCCCGAGCCAGGGCCGUGGUGGGCUACGGCCAUCUGGGUACUUCCAGGGCUUCCUCAUCUUCCUGGUCCUGACCUUGUGCCUGCUGGCUGGACUCCUGCACCUGGAGAUGGACUUUCUCACACCCCUGCUCCGGGGGAACGCGAAGCCGCCAGUCACCAACAUCAUGUUCUUGAAGACGCACAAGACGGCCAGCAGCACGGUGCUCAAUGUCCUCUUCCGCUUCGCCGAGACGCACAAUCUCUCGGUGGCGCUGCCCGAGGGCAGCCGCUUCCACCUGGGCUACCCCUGGCUCUUCCUGGCGCGCUACGUGGAGGGUGUGAGGGCUGCGGUCGGGGGUUGGGGGGCCCUGCCGGGAGGUCAGCGCCCUGGCCUCUGUCCGCAGGUGCAAAAAAUCAUGCCCAAGGACACCUUCUACUUGUCCAUCGUGCGGAACCCGGUGGCACAGCUGGAGUCGUCCUUCGCCUACUACAAGGAAUAUGUGCCUGCCUUCCGCGCAGCGCGCAACCUGAGCACCUUCCUGGAGGCGCCGCAGACCUUCUAUGGCGCGCAGCCUGGGCUGCUUAACGCCUACGCCCGCAACAACAUGUGGUUCGACUUCGGCCUGGAGCCUAACAGCGUGGACGCGGACGGGCCUGCGGUGCACGAGCAGCUGCUCGAGCUGGAGCGGCGGUUCGACCUGGUGCUCAUCGCAGACUACUUCGACGAGUCCAUGGUGCUGCUGCGUCGCGUGCUGCACUGGGCGCCCGACGACGUGGCCUACUUCCCGCUCAACGCCCGCAGCCCGCGCGCCGUGGCUCACCUGACGCCCCGCGACCAGGAGCGUGCCCGGCGCUGGUGCGCGCUCGACUGGCGUCUCUAUGAGCACUUCAACCGCACCUUCUGGGCGCGCGUGGAUGCUGAGCUGGGCGCGCGGCGACUGCGCGCUGAGGUGGCACAGCUGCGCGCGCGCCGCGCUGUGCUCAGCCGCCUGUGCCUGCAGGACGCGGCGCCCAAGAACAAGUCCCAGAUCACAGACGCGCAACUCCUGCCAUACCAGUCCGGGGAGGCCAACAUCCUGGGCUACCAGCUCCGGCUCGGCCUGGACAACGGCACGCAGCGGCUGUGUCAGCGGCUGGCCACCCCCGAGCUCCAGUACAUGGCGCGCCUUUACUCCCGGCAGUUCCCCGGGAAACCCCCCAAGAACAUCCAGUUCCUGAAGGGCUAGGGUGCAGCUGCACCCAGCGCUCCCAGGAGGCAGGGGCCCUGCCCACACCCUGCGUUCCUCCCACUUCCGGCCUGCAGAACGUGGAGAGCACCCAGUUCUCUGUCUUGAGCCAGUCACUCUGUGGGAGUCUGUCCCGGCAGCCGCUGGGCACAGUGCCAUGGGCGGCGAUGCCAACCCGAGCCUGAGAGAAACCUUCCAUGUCCCUGACACAGAGCCGCCCACUAAGGGGACGGGGAAGACCCGGGCUGGCCUCCCCAGCUGUGUCCCGCAGUGCCAGCAGGGGAUUUGCGGUUUUGUGCGAGGUCGCUGGCGCUGUGCUCUGGCUC